CUUGUGGUAAAAUCAUCUGUUCGGGAAGAACUGUUAGAGGCCCUAUCACAAAUCGAUGGUGGUAGACUAGACUUGUGCAAGGAAAUCAUCCUUAAACUUUGCAAAGAUUUCGAAAUUGGUGAAAUGUGGUCAUCUUCAAUCUGUGUACAGAUGUUUCCCAAAACUGACGAAAGCAUCAGCGAAUUAAACAGGUACCAAGAAAGUGGCGAGCUAGCCGCAGACUUACAGGCAGAGUUUGAGAACAUUGGGCUCAACUGUCCCUUAGAGGUGGACGUUUUGACAAUGGAGGAGCUUGAAGAAGAAGUGGAAGAGAUAGUGGAGGAAGCUAUGGACAUGUUUGUGUUGUCAGAAACGCAGGAAAAAUGUGACGACUCUGAGGAGUCUACACAAACGCAGGAAACAGGCGAAGAAUCUACACAAACCUACGAGCACCUGAGAGACGCCUGGAGAGAUGCGCUGUUAAGGAUCACAGCCUGGACAGGUGAUGAAGACAAGGUGAAGACCCUGCUACAGGCAGGUGUACAGGUGAACACACAGAACUCCGAGGGAGAAACACCGCUCUGGGAUGCAGUGAGGGGAGGACAUCCUAACAUUGUCAAACUCCUGCUGCAGAAAUGGGCAGACCCUGGAGCGGGGGCAAACACAGCAAGUGUUAUUGGGCAGACUCUACUGCAGCUGGCAGCUCAGAGUGGUAAUACAGAGAUUGUGGGCAUGCUGACACAAGCAGAGGCGGACUUGGACAAAGCAGAUGAUGAGGGGAGAACUGCACUUUUCGUUGCAGCUGAGAGUGGAAAUGCAGAGAUGGUGAGCACCUUGAUACAAGCGGGGGCGGACUUGAACAAGGCAAACAGCAUGGGGAGGACUCCACUGUGGGCGGCAGCUGAGAAUGGACAUGCAGAGGUCGUGAGCAUCUUGAUACAAGCAGGGGCUGACUUGGACACAGCAGGUGUUCUGGGAAGGACUCCGCUGUGGGUGGCGGCUAAGAGGAAACAUGCAGAGGUUGUUGGCAUCUUGAUACAAGCGGGGGCAGACUUGAACAAUGCAGAUGAUGAGGGAAGAACUGCACUAUGGGUGGCGGCUGAGAGAGGAAGUGCAGAGAUUGUGAGCAUCCUGACACAAGCGGGGGCGGACUUGGACCAGGCAAACAGCAUGGAAGAGACCCCACUCUGGGUGGCAGCGUGGAGUAAACAUGCCGAGAUCGUGAGCAUCUUGAUACGAGCUGGGGCGGACUUGAACAAGGCAGACAUUAUGGGAAGGACGCCACUGUGGGUGGUGGUUGAAAGUGAAGGUGUAGUCAUUGUGAGCAUCUUGAUAAAAGCGGGGGCGGACCUGAACAAAUCAAACAAGGAUGAACAGACACCAUUGUGGACAGCUGCACACUGUGGGAACAUGGAAGCUGUGAAAGUACUUAUUGAAGCGGGGGCAGAUGUUUCUAUACCAGACAAAACUGGCAAAACUCCCUAUCAAGCUGCCAUAGAAAUGGGACACAGUGAUGUUGCUAAGCUGGGCGAAGAGCAAGAAGUCAAGACAUCCUCAAGAGAUAAAGACAGGGAAAACAAGGAAAGUACUAUCAAAGGAGUCAAGACGACCUCAAGAGAUAAAGACAGGGAAAACAAGGAAAGUACUAUCAAAGGAGUCAAGACGACCUCAAGAGAUAAAGACAGGGAAAACAAGGAAAGUACUAUCAAAGGAGUCAAGACGACCUCAAGAGAUAAAGACAGGGAAAACAAGGAAAGUACUAUCAAAGGAGUCAAGACGACCUCAAGAGAUAGAGACAGAGAAAACAAGGAAAGUACUAUCAAAGGAGUCAAGACGACCUCAAGAGACGAAGACAAAGAAAGCAAGAACAGUACCAAAGCAGGUAAGAAGGAAGGAAAGAAAGGAAAAUCAAGCUCCAGGUAUACGUCAAGUGCAAGACUUGAUGUGAAACGUUUAGAGUUCGCACUAAAUGCUGUACGAAGCCAACAGCUUGCUAAAGAAAUCCGUAUAAAGUGUUGCUAUCUAAAGAUUCAAAGCUGUCUCAAGGAGGGACUUGUGUCAGGUGCUCAUCAGCACUUAGAGAAGAAAGCCAUGGAAGACGUUUCACAAUUCUACAAUGCUAACAAAGACUUGAGCAGAGCCGCUAUUAUCAAAGUGUUCAAACAACACAAAGUUUUACGAAAAGGGCUUAAAAUUGCCAAAAUGUGGCCGUCUUCAAUCUAUGUCCAAAUCUUCCCAAAAACUGACGAAUAUAUCAAAGCACUGAUUGAAUACCUAGAGAGUGGCCAGCUCACCGCAGACUUACAGACAGAGUAUGAGAAAAUUGGGUUCAGUGGCCCUUUGCAGGGGGAUGUCCGGUCAAUGGAACAGCUCAAAGAAGAGGUGGCAGAGAUAGUGGAGGAAGCUAUGGACGUUUUUGUGUUGUCAGAAACAAAGGAAACAGCUGAAGACUCCGUGGAGUCUACACAAACGCAGGAAACAGAUGAAGACUCCGUGGAGUCUACACAAACGCAGAAAACAGAUGAAGACUCCGUGGAGUCUACACAAACGCAGGAAACAGAUGAAGAAUCGUCACAAAGCUACGAUGAACUGAGAGACGCCUGGAGAGAUGCGCUGUUAAGGAUCACAGCCUGGACAGGUGAUGAAGACAAGGUGAAGACCCUGCUACAGGCAGGUCUACAGGUGAACACACAGAACUCCGAGGGAGAAACUCCACUCUGGGAUGCAGUGAGGGGCGGACAUCCUAACAUUGUUAGACUUCUGCUGCAGAAAGGGGCAGACCCAGCAGUUGCAAAUCUGGCAAGUCGUAUGGGGAAAACUCCACUGUGGUUGGCAGCUCAGAGUGGUAAUGCCGAGAUCGUGAGCAUCUUGAUACAAGCGGGGGCAGACUUGAACAAGGCAGAUAAUGAGGUAGGGACUCCGCUAUUGGUGGCGGCUUUGAAGGGAUGUGCAGAGAUUGUGAGCAUCUUGAUACAAGCAGGGGCAGAUUUGAACAAGGCAGACGAUAGGGGAGAGACUCCACUGAGGGUGGCGGCUGAGAGGGGACAUGUCGAGAUUGUGAGGAACUUGACACAGGCAGGGGCUGAUGUGAACAAGGCAGACAAUGAGAGAAGGACUACACUGUGUGCAGCGGCUGAGAAAGGACAUGCCGAGAUUGUAAGGAUCUUGAUACAAGCGAGCGCAGACUUGAACAAGGCCGAUGAUGAUAAAAGGACUCCACUGUGGUGGGCAGCUGAGAAUGGGCAUGCGGAGGUCGUGAGCAUGUUGGCACAAGAGGGGGCUGACUUGAACAAGGCUGAUGUCUUAGGAGUGACUCCACUGUGGGAGGCAGCUUGGAGUGGACAUGUAGAGGUCGUGAGCAUCUUGGUACAAGCAGGGGCGGACUUGGACAAGGCAGAUGUCUUAGGAGUGACUCCACUGUGGGUGGCGGCUAAGAGAGGACAUGCAGAGAUUGUGAGCAUCUUGACACAAGCAGGGGCAGACUUGAACAACGCUGAUGAUAAGAGGAGGACUCCACUAUUGGUGGCAGCUCUGAAUGGACAUGCAGAAAUUGUGAGCAUCUUGAUACAAGCGGGGGCCGAAUUGAACAAAGCAAACAGCAUGGGAAGGGCUCCACUGUGGGCGGCAGCUGAGAAUGGACAUGCAGAGGUCGUGAGCAUCUUGGCACAUGCAGGGGCUGACUUGAACAAGGCAGAUGAUGAGGGAACGACUCCCCUAUCAGUGGUGGCUUGGAGUGGACAUGCAGAGGUCGCGAGCGUCUUGAUACAAGCGGGGGCCGAAUUGAACAAGGCAGAUGAUAUGGGGAGAACGCCACUGUGGGUGGCGGCUGAGAAAGGACAUGCUGAGAUUGUGAGCAUCCUGACACAAGCGGGCGCAGACUUGAACAAGGCAAACAGGGAUCAAAAGACGCCAUUGUGGAGAGCAGCACACCAUGGAAAUAUGGAAGUUGUGAAAGUACUUAUUGAAGCAGGGGCAGGUAUUUCUAAACCAGACAAAACUGGAAAGACUCCGUAUCAAGUUGCCAUCGAAAUGGGACACAGUGAUGUUGCAAAGGUAAUUGAGGAUGGCCAUAGUUAA